AUGUUGCAGAUGUUGACCGGGCAUGGCUGCUUCGGUCAUUACCUGCACCAUAGGGCCAGAAGGGAACCAACGCCUCGCUGCCACCACUGCCCGGACACAGACGAUGAUACGGCGCAGCAUACGCUCGUGGCCUGCCCAGCCUGGGUCGAGCAGUGCGCGGAACUCUGCGCCGUACUUGGACUUGACCUCACUAUCCCGGCCAUACUGUCAUCCAUGGUCCGGUCGAGAGAAGCUUUUGAAGUGGUUUCCACCCUCUGCGAAUCCGUUCUAUUGCAGAAGGAGGCUGCCGAGAGGGAUCGGGAGGCCCAAGAGGACGCGGACCCCAUGAGAAGAAGGCGUGGAGGGCGUAGGCGCGCUCAGUACGAGCGCCAACUCCCGCCUUAG